UAUUGCCUAAGAAUUGUGGUUACAGAAUAUACUGGCAGGAGUCUGCUCGCCUAUGCGGCGGUGCGAGUCUGCACGCCUGAGCGGCGGUGCCAGUCUGCUCGCCUAUGCGGCGGUGCGAGUCUGCACGCCUGAGCGGCGGUGCCAGUCUGCUCGCCUAUGCGGCGGUGCGAGUCUGCACGCCUGAGCGGCGGUGCCAGUCUGCUCGCCUAUGCGGCGGUAAGCUAUCGGAUAUGCUGAGCUCCAAUCGGCUGCGACACAAGUCUGAUGGAACGACUUGGAAGGCGCAGAAGGUGCAGGAGUUCUGUGGUGCUGCUGCUGGUCUUCGUGGGCGAAGAAUUCUCAUCAGGGAGGCCGAGCUAAUAACCGAUUGUGGUGCUUGCUGUGUCAAGCCCUACGGUCGGUGUCGCGUCACUAGUUGGCGCGGGUGGAGCUGUCAGAGGAUCGUCCGCCAUUACCGCGUCGUGCUGUGAAUUGUCCCAAGCUACGCUCUGUUUUCUAAAUGUUAUGUAUUAAAACCUGUAUUUCAUGAUGUCUGGUGUUUUCCCCUUUAACACUAC